CAUGACAGCUGCUAAUAUGCUCUGUGCUGAGCUCAGCAGGAGAUGGCACUGCUGCCACAAACCAGAGCGCUCCGGCCAGUGGGGAUCAUGCCAGGUGCAGCAGGGAGCACAUGAGGGGGGGGGGGGGGUCAUUAUCCCCAUGAGGGCGGAGCAGAAGGGGGAGGUGGAAAGAACGGGAUGAAACAUUUGAAGCUCAUAUUGACAUGCUGCUCUGAACGCUCCUGUGAGGUAAGAACUAAUAAACCUCACAGCAGUUUGUUUUAUGUUUAUUUGUAGUUUUCUGUUCCAGAGUUUGAAUCUUCAUACUGUAACCAUGUGAUAUGAGGUAAUGUGGCAAUAACAAGCUGAACCAGUCUGUUUAGUUCCACGGUCAGGUGGGGGACAUAUUUACAGUCUGUAACUUUGCAUGUGUGUUCACAUUGCUGAGUUUCAUUGCAUUAGCUGCUGUUAAAUAUCACUUUUGAAACCCAUUUAAAUAUCAUCCUGACAGUUGGACUUAUUCACAAGUUUAUUUCUGAGUUUCUUAGUUUAUUUUUUAGCCACUGUAAAUACCUGUCUGGUCCAGGGUUCACGAUAAUGUAAACAGCACAAAUAUUGAUCUGCUACCACGGAGCAGAAAGCUUCACCGACAAUGGAAUGAUUGCUUUAAAACAUUUAUACAGAUUUUUAAAUAUAUAAACUUUUAUGAGCUCUUCCACCCAGAGGCAAAAAAGAAAACCAGUUUUUCAAUACGUUAACCCGCCUGUAUGUGUUGUCCUGUUGCAGCCAUGGAUGGUGUGUUGGAAGGAGCAACAGUGUUGUGUUUGUGCAAACUGGCCUGCAGUCUCCUCUUCCUGCCCUCCCUGGCUGCCUCGCACAGUUCUGUCAGCUUCUGCUGCUGCUGCCUCCUGGUCUUCACCGACUUCCUGGUCACAGCUUUUUUGAGUUUCCUUUGCAUCUCUGAUUCCUGGCUGACUGAGCUGACCCCACUCGUAGAUGUUGUUGCCCUGCGCUUCCUGAUCUUUCUCAGCCACACAUACGGAGCGGUGCUGCUUCUGACCACACCUCUGAUCGCAGUGGAGACUCUGACCGCACUGCUGGGCCCUAACUCAGUUGUCGCUCACAGGACCGCGAGUCAGACGGAGGGCUCUGAUGGACAACGUUGUUACGUUGGGGAAGUAACUGUGGAAGAGGAAGAGGAGAGUAAAGACAAAAAAACCAAAGAGAAGGUGUUGUCUCUUCAUGCCGUCAGCUACCUCUGCUGCCUGUCGGUGUGGGUCGCCGUCGCCCUCAAUGUCAGGUGGCGAUGGAAGCGGGAGGAAGCGUGGGCUGUAGCCUGCUUGCACUCCACCAACUCCCUCAUGAGAUGCUUGCCCAACCUGUUCAGCCCCAUGUCCAGCACUGUGAAUCCCUGCUGGGGCAUGGCCUUCCUCUCCCUCCUCCUGGUCCUCCUGACCAUGAGCUCAGGUCUGCGGGGUCGACACCGGGCCCCUCCUCUGACGUUAAGGACACACAAAGAGAAACAGGGAGUUAACGAUAACGGUGCCGGUUGCCGGCAAGACCUCGCACCCGCACCGAUCGGGCCCUCCAAGCCUCUGAAUCCUGGGAUGCCGGAGUCGGAGGCAGCACAGUGUGUUGACCCAGAGAAUACAGAGAGCAGCUGCGGCGUUCACAGGGCCUAUUCCCGGAACAGCGUGCAGAUGUCGGCAUAUCACCAUGGAGACUUUGUUCUCCUCUCCCCUGAAUGUGUGUCUGCAGAAGGAAGAGUACAGGAGCACGAAUGGACAAAGAAAUGUAUACCUUUGACAUUCAUCACGGAGGACGUGGACGCACAAAGUGGGUGGCGACAGGGGGGGUUUCCCUGCCCAGGGGUUCAUGUAAUGAUAGGGUUUGUGGGUGUGCUCUCCAUCUUUGUGCUGCCUCUAUACCUCAGCGUGAACAUUCUUCUGAUCAGGACUAUAGAAACUCUGCUGAAGCAGUGUAUUACAUCUUUAGUUUCAUCUGCAGCAAACACAAGGAAUUCAUCCACCUCCCACAAUGAGACACUUGUAUAAAACCAGACUGGUGAGAAACAAUAGUGGACGCUGAUUGGAGGCUAUAUGCAACGGGAUCGCCAGAUUAAUAUUGAAUGUGUGCAGAUGGCAGGUCUACCCGUCAACACUGGCUUGAAUAGAGUCUAAAUAAGCAUUUCUGAGCAUCUUUUCACGCAUGUAGAAAAUAUGCUUACAGCUGCUGAGGAGGCAGGUUGAGGCGUGCUCGGUCGUAAGACACCUAGCUCGACAGAAACAGGUGGCUCGUAGGCCUGUUUUUUAUUGCUCAGAGCCUCAAAAUCUGCAGGGAUUUGUCAUUACUCAAUGUGUUCUAGAACGAGCCGUUCCAAUGUAAAUAAGACGAGUCCAGGGGCAAACAAUGUUUUCAAAAUCUGCUGAUGCUGCAUCCCAUAAACCCUACAUUAAGCAAUGUAAAUAAAUACUGAGUGACUUGAGAGUGUA